CUGUCUACAAAACUGAACUUUACCAAACGGAAAUCGGGAGCGUAAGUGGUCUCGGCAAACUCGAAAAGGUGGUUGGGCGCCAGAUACCCUCAAAGGAGCACCACGAGCUCUAGGCUCGUUAUCGAUACAAUAAAGAUCACAAGAGAUAAGUAAUCCGGGACACGGUCUUACAUACAAGUCUUGAAACGACCUCGAAUUUCAGUGGUGGGGGUAUGGUCACUUACUGAGGUAGAAUUUAGUUCCAAACAAGCGGCGCUGUGAUCGGGUUCCGCAGAUGAACAUAACCUGCAAUCGUGCAGACUAUGAACUAGGAAGUGAGUGCUUCAAAAUGGAAAAGUGGUGUGCGGUACCAGGAUGUAGAACCGGCAGCAGAACGGCAGAGAAACGUUCCGUAUUCCGUGUGCCGAAAGAUAUUACGACCUGGAAAAAGUGGGAACAAGCAAUACCGGGCAUCGUAAAGUUGCAGCAGAGUGAUAUUGUGUGUGAGAAACAUUUUAACGAGGAGGAUAUUGCUUGCGAAUGGGUCAAGUUCGACGCGAAUGGCCGAGUUAUUGCACGAAUUUCGUACGAGUCUCCACAGCUCAAAAAGCUUGCUGUGCCAACAAGAUUUCAUGAUGACAAGGAGAACUGUGAGCCAUCGCAACUAGAUUCUUCCAGUGUUGUUGAUCAGAACAAUGGUUGAAUUGGAGCAAUGUUUUCAUUUCCCAUGAAAUUGCCACUUCAAGGGUUCAGUGUGUACACUGAUAUUAAUCGAGUUCCACUCGCUGUUCAAAAUACUGGAAUGUCAUCUUCAUCCAUGUCAGUAUCGAGCUGCGAUCAUCUGGGAGACAAUCCAUUGCUUUCUCAGAGGGCUUCGAAUGGAUAUUCAUCUUUUGAGAACAGGGAACAGGCUUUCAAUCUUAACAGAGAUGAACGUCUCGUAGCAGAUUUGUUGGGACGUUUGGAAUAUAGCAAUCAUGCAUAUGCAAAGCAAAUGUCACAUGCGCAAAGGAAUGUAAUUCCAGAAACCAGUACUUCUGCAGAUCUCGCUCGUGUUCCUUCACCAGUCAAUCGCAUAGAGAUUGGGUUGUCACUCUCUCCCAUGGACGUUUCGACUUGUGAAACCUCCGUAAUAGACUCGCUUACUCCUGAGAAUCACCAUUUUUUCCAUCUCAUUCGCCGUGUAGAGGCGUCAUUUGCAAAGUAUUCCUCUCGCGUUGACGUCUUCGAUGGUACCCUCGAUGAAGUUCUUAAUACGUACUCCUUCAUAUUUCCCUGUAAAGAGCACGCAUCCGAAAUUCUGUCCUAUGCGUUAGUAUACUACAUUAGAUUAAGAAUGAGGCAAAACGCUCACCAGGAGAAUCUGAAACAGACAAAGAAGUUUGUUGUAAAGAAAAAACUCGCCAAAUUUACUAAUAAAUAAGUAGUGUAAAUGUGUCAAAGCGUCACUAUCUGUUUCGAAUACCUGCAAUGCUGCGAAAAUUUAAAUAAAAUAGAUAAAAUUUAAA